AAGAAUGACCGAGCAGGACACUUUUCAAUUUAGUGCUGUGACAAUCUUCAACACAACAACAUCAAUUCGGUCUUUCCUUUAUUUGCUUGUCUUAAUUCUUAUUGUGAUAGAGUGUUUCUGGGCGUGUGUGUGUCUGUGUUGAUUUCUUGGAUUUUAGCUGCUAAUUGUUGUUUUGGAUACACAACAGAGGGUCGGUGAUUGAAAAUGUUCCUUACAAACUUAUCUACUGCCAUGGCUGUGUGGUGUUCGGUGGCUGUGGCACUGAUUUGUCCCAUCAUUACCCUGGCCAAUGCUGAUGGCUGCAAUGAGUUUGUGUGUGGCUCUGUGGUAUCCAAGUGCCUCUUGACACAGAGUUGUCAAUGCAAACUUUCCGAUUGCUUCUGCUGCAAGGACUGUCUUAAUUGUUUGGGGGAAUUGUAUACGGAGUGUUGCAGUUGCUUGGAUAUGUGUCCCAAACACAAUGACACAUUAAGUGCACUGGCGCCCAAGUCGCAAAUUGGUGACUUUGAGGGGGUGCCCGAGUAUUUUGAUGCUCUAACCGCCGUGGAAGAUGAAAAUCAAUGGACUACAAUACGUUUUCCCAUGCGCAAUAGUUUGCAGCGCCACUACAACAUGGCCACCGGUACAUUUGGCUUUGGCUCACCACCAUAUGGCUCGGGAGAUGCUGGCCAAGAGACCUCCUUGCAGAAUAUACCCACCACAGUUAAUUGCACAGUGAUAUUCUUGAAUAAUUGCAUGAACAAUAAAAAAUGUUCUGAUUAUUGUGAAAGUAUGGGUUCCAACAGCUAUCGCUGGUUUCAUGACGGCUGCUGUGAGUGCGUCGGUUCCAAUUGUUACAACUAUGGCAUCAAUGAAAGCCGCUGCUCUGCCUGUCCCGAGGACGAAGAUGACGAAGAGAUGUUCGAUGUUGACAGCAUGGAUGAUGCGGCUGAUUAUGCUGGAGAAAAUGACGAAUACAUGCCAUGGGAUUAUGGGGAAGAGGAACUGAAUUAUAAUUAAAUUUCUGUAAUUUAUUUGUUCGACCAUGCGUUUGGGGGGGCGCAAUAUGCGUAUGUGUGUGUGUGUGUCAUAUACAUCUUCAUAGCGUGUUAUUAUUAUUUAGGUUAAGUAUAUUUUUGCAAAAAGUUAAACUGCCAGUGAUAUUUAUUAUUGUAUGUGUAUAUAUUAGAAUAUUAGUUUUAAGUUAGAGGACAUUUUUCAGGGGAAUAAAGAGAAAACAAAAUGAAAAUA